GUGGGGAGCGGCGGGAGGGAGGAAGUCUAAGAGACAGAGCGAGGAGCGCUCCUGAAGGGAGGCAUCGGGCUCGUCCCCCAGGUCCCCGCCACAGUCCCUCCUCGCGGGCUCAGCUGUCCGGCGCCCGGCCACUUCGGCUCUGCAGCCCCGCUGGACCUUGCGCAAGGCAGGAGCGCGAGGCUCGCGGGAGUGAUGCGCCGGGCGUUGCCUCCAGCCCGCCGCCGCCGCCGCCGCUGCCAGAAGCCCCAGCUGAGCUGAGGGAGUCGACACCGAAGCGCUGGCUCGGAGCGGUCACGGCUACAGCCCGGGUGGCGGGCUAGGGCGCUCGCCGGGCUUCUGGGCCAACCCCGCUCCGGCGCCUCCGCUCCCGGCCCCGGGCCCGCCCUCGCGGCCCGGCCUCUCUCCGGGGUCCCAGAUGACCACCGAGGGCGGGCCGCCGCCGCCCCCACCGCGCCCGCCGCCCGCUCCGCUCCGCCGCGCGUGCAGCCCGGCUCCCGGCGCGCUCCAGGCCGCCUUGAUGAGCCCGCCGUCCGCAGCCGCCACCCCGGAGACCACCUCGACGUCGUCCUCCUCGUCCGCCUCCUGCUCCUCCUCCUCUUCUUCCUCCUCCUCCAACCGCGCCAGCGCCUCCGCGGCUGCCUGCAAGAGCGCGGGCGGCGGCGGCGGCGGUAGCGGCGGCGUGGGCGCCGGGAGCGGGGUCUCCAAGAAGGCGAGCUCCGGGCUGCGGCGGCCGGAGAAGCCGCCCUACUCGUACAUAGCGCUCAUCGUCAUGGCCAUCCAGAGCUCGCCCAGCAAGCGCCUGACGCUCAGCGAGAUCUACCAGUUCCUGCAGGCGCGCUUCCCCUUCUUCCGCGGCGCCUACCAGGGCUGGAAGAACUCUGUGCGCCACAACCUCUCGCUCAACGAGUGCUUCAUCAAGCUGCCCAAGGGCCUGGGGCGGCCCGGCAAGGGGCACUACUGGACCAUCGACCCCGCCAGUGAGUUCAUGUUCGAGGAGGGUUCGUUCCGCCGCCGGCCGCGCGGCUUCAGGAGGAAGUGCCAGGCGCUCAAGCCCAUGUACCACCGCGUGGUGAGUGGCUUGGGCUUCGGGGCCUCGCUGCUGCCCCAGAGUUUCGACUUCCAGGCACCCCCGUCAGCGCCGCUCGGCUGCCACGGACAAGGCGGUUACGGCGGCCUUGACAUGAUGCCCGGGGGCUACGACGCUAGCGCGGGUGCGCCGGGCCACGCACACCCGCACCACCACCACCACCACCACGUCCCGCACAUGUCACCCAACCCGGGCUCCACCUACAUGGCCAGCUGCCCCGUGCCCGCCGGGCCUGGGGGUGUAGGCACGGCCGGGGGCAGCGGCGGCGGUGGGGACUACGGCCCGGACAGCAGCAGCAGCCCUGUGCCUUCGUCCCCUGCCCUGGCGAGCGCCAUCGAGUGCCACUCGCCCUACACGAGCCCAGGGGCGCAUUGGGGCUCUCCCGGCGCCUCGCCUUACCUCAAGCAGCCUGCCGCUCUGACGCCCAGCAGCAACCCCGCGGCCUCCGCAGGCUUGCACUCCAGCAUGUCCUCCUACUCGCUGGAGCAGAGCUACCUGCACCAGAACGCCCGCGAAGAGCUGUCAGUGGGACUGCCUCGGUACCAGCAUCACUCUACCCCAGUGUGUGACAGAAAAGAUUUCGUCCUCAACUUCAACGGCAUUUCUUCUUUUCAUCCCUCUGCUAGUGGGCCAUACUAUCACCACCACCAUCACCAGAGCGUCUGUCAGGAUAUUAAACCCUGUGUCAUGUGAAUGGAGGGAGACAGGCUAUGCCAAGGCCACUUUCUCCUUUGAGGGGGGCGUGAACUGAGGUGGACUCACAUAAAGUGCACCCCAUAGCUGUAAGUAGCACACCAUUCACUUAGAAUCCCCAGGCCUGUGUGUUCACUGACACUUAUCUACCAUUGGUAGGAGGACAAGCCCUGGCAUGAUAAUGUCCUAAAUGUGUGCAGGCUCCACUGAGGGGAAGAGCUGAGAGCUCAACUUCUUAGCGAAGAUGGUAAAAAGUUACCAUAUGAAAAACAUAAGCAUUUAACUCUGGGAUCUUCCUUGCCUUCAGUAAUCAGGGUCUGAAAAAUGCAGACAAGUUGUCUGUGUGUUUUUCUUCGUCUAUAAAAAUGUAUGUGCUUUUCAAAAAGGCAGUGCUAAACGCAAGAUUUCAAGAAAGCUGCAUCUCAUUGCCUACCUAAGGAAGGAGUUCUGUUUUGCCAAACACUACCUUUGGAUAUAAAUGCCAAAGAACAGUAUUAAGAAAGUAUUUAGAAACAAUGUGUGUAGUUUAAGAACACGGUUUUCAGUAUUGUGACAAUACAACGUUUUUUACAAGGUUAUUUUCUACCACGGUAUUUUAAAGAUAUUUUUAUCUCAUGUAUACUCACACUUGUAUUUUAAAAGGAGGAUAUAUUUGCACUUAUGUAUACUUUUACAGUUUUCCAAACUAUUUUGAUGUAAAAUGUUUUCAAUAAAAUGUAUGUAACAAAUAGU